AGAGAGAAGGAGGCCUAGGCAGUGUGGGCAGGAGACAGAGAAAAGAGGCAGAAGGAGAGAGAGAGAGAGAGAGGGUUCCGGGAUUGGAGAGGAGAGCGAGGGAGGGAGGAAGGCGGCGAGGGAGGCGGGGGCCUCGAGAGAGUGGAAGGAGGGGAGAAGGGCGGGGCACGGAGGCCCAAGCGAGGGAAGAGACUCCAACUCUGACUUUUUCCGCGGCUCUCGACCGCCACCUCAGUCAUGUCGCUCCUCCUGCUGGUGGUCUCUGCCCUUCACAUCCUCAUUCUCAUUCUGCUUUUCGUGGCCACUUUGGACAAGUCCUGGUGGACUCUCCCUGGGAAGGAGUCCCUGAAUCUCUGGUACGACUGCACGUGGAACAACGACACCAAAACGUGGGCCUGCAGUAACGUCAGCGAGAAUGGCUGGCUGAAGGCGGUGCAGGUCCUCAUGGUGCUUUCCCUCAUCCUCUGCUGCCUGUCUUUCAUCUUGUUCAUGUUCCAGCUCUACACCAUGCGGCGAGGAGGUCUUUUCUACGCCACCGGCCUCUGCCAGCUUUGCACCAGCGUGGCUGUGUUUACCGGGGCGCUCAUCUAUGCCAUUCACGCCGACGAGAUCCUGGCCAAGCACCCGCGAGGGGGCAGCUUCGGCUACUGCUUCGCCCUCGCCUGGGUGGCCUUCCCCCUCGCCCUGGUCAGCGGCAUCGUCUACAUCCAUCUGCGGAAGCGGGAGUGAGCGCCCCGCCUCGCCCUGGCGCCCCCACCCGCUGCUGGCCCCUCGGUCUCACCCAGAGUCUCCUUGCGUCCUCCAGAAAAUAAAACUGUUUAACUGCGGA